AUGGGUGUGAUCGCAAAGGAAAGCAGGAUUCAGAUCCAUUCACCCGAGUACUCCUGGAAGAAGUUAAGAGAAGCAGAAGAGACCACACCCUACUCCUAUACUGGAGGAGGCUCUGCUGUUUACACCCUGAACCAGGUGGUGGAGUCCGACAGUGCUCAGUAUUGGUGUGAAGCAAAGGCUGAAGAUCGCAAGACUCCGUAUACUCUGACAGUGACAUCUCCACCGCCUGCUGUGCUAACCCUGGAGCCUGCAUGGAGGACGUUCUACCCCUCUGAGAAAGUCACUCUGAAAUGUGACAUUCAGAGCCAGCAGAAUGAGUGGAGAUAUCAGUGGUACAGAGACGGAGAGUCUCGUAACAGUGCAUCCUCCAGAAGCACAAAUGAGUUCACAAUCCCAGCUCUAGAUCUGUCACACAGGGGAAGAUACUACUGUAGGGGGGGAAUAUCAGGAAGAGCUGUUUCCACUGAAAAGAGCAACUAUGUGACACUGACUGUAGAUGCUCUCCCACCCGUGGUUCUGACUCUACAGACUAAUUGGACAAACUUCUUUAAUGGAGAGAGAGUGACUCUGCACUGUGACAUUCAGGGACGCUCUCCUGUGUGGGUGUAUAAAUGGUACAGAGGUGAAAAAGAACUUCCUGUGGACAUGACUAAGGACACCUAUGAGAUCCUGUCUGCUGAUGAGUCAGAAUCAGGAACAUACACAUGUAAAGGACUGCAUGAAGAAAGAGAACUGUAUACUGGCAGCAGCAAUACGAUUGCACUGAAGGUUUCUGGGAACAAACCCAAACCACAGCUGCCCCUGGACUCCCCCAGUGGAGAGCUCUUCACAGAAGAUACAGUGACCCUGAGCUGUAGGGUUGGCACAGAUCCUGCUGGCUGGAAGUAUCUCUGGUACAGAGAAACACAGAGAGCACCACUAACCAGCACUGACGGGUCCAGUUACACCAUCCGCCAUGCUGCUGAGUCCCACAGGGGAGAGUACGGGUGUCGAGCAGGGAGAGGGAGAGGCCCUUUCUACACCCGAUAUAGUGACUCUUUCAAACUCAACAUUACUGCUCGUCCUCAUGCUGUGCUGACCCUGGAGACUCCAUGGACAGGGAUCUUCAGGACAGACAGUCUGACACUGAGGUGUGAGGUUAAUGGGAGCCCGGCUAAGUGGAACUACACGUGGUACAGAGAUGGACAGAGUCUUCUACUGGACCCCAGCAGAGACAGACUCAUACUGACCUCAGCAAACGACUCCUACAACAGCGAAUAUAGUUGUAGAGGAAACAGAAGAGACAGGCCAUCUUACACAGAGAUCAGCGAAGGAUUUAGAGAACGCAACAUUGUUCUGAAGCGCAAGAUCCUGGUGACCAGCUCAUUCUUACUGGGGAUUAUCCUGAUUAUACUGGGAUGUAUAUGCCUGAGAAUGAAAAUGAAGUCAAGGAAGUCAAGUGAGUGUGAUUUAUACAGCUGGAUAUAGUAUACUGAAUUAAUCCAGGUUAAGCUUGCUCAGGAGUAUUCCAGUACUGUGCUGCAAACUGUACUUGAACCUGCAACCUUCAGUUCACUGUCUGUAGCCGACAUUAGACAUGUUUUUCUUCCUCCUACUUUUCUUAUGCUGUAUAUAACACCAAGAAUUUUGAAUGAUGACUCUCCACACUUGUGUAGUACAAUGUGGAACAGUGAAUAUAGCUGU